GAGUUGAAACAAGAUUUUGGGAAAACCACAAAAAAUCAGCUUGGCUUAAAUCGCACGUGACGUUUGAUAUUGAGGGUGCUUUGUCAAACGAAGAGAUCCUGUCACACGAUGCCAUAUUUUCAAUACUUCAUUACCAUACUCUUCGUGGAUUGCAGUCUCGCGAUUACUUGUCUAACUUAUGAAAAUAUUACCAGGCUGAAUCUAGCCAAUAGCGACUUGUUGAUGAUAAAGAGAGAAACUUUUAACAAGUAUCAGAAACUUGAAGAGUUGAAUAUAAUAAACUCUCGACUGAAUUCGAUCGCCGAUGGAGCUUUUUACGAUUUACCUCGACUCACCAAAGUCAAUAUGUCGAAAAAUUUCAUCUCGAAAUUGAGCGAGAAAAUAUUCAGACCUGGAAGCAAAUUAAGGAAAUUUGAUGUAUCUCACAACAUGUUAACUGAUAUUAACGACUUUGAUAUCGAGUAUUUGCCGGAGUUGGCAAUUUUUGAUAUUUCAAACAAUCAGAUAAGGUAUUUGCCAGUCAAUGUGGUAAAUAAGGUGAAAAAUGAUAAGAAUUUUACGCUGAUAGCCACAAACAAUCCUUGGGAUUGCACUACUGAAAAGUGGAGCGCUUUCCUUGAUAACCAACUUGCACACAAAUUUUGCGAGUCCAAAAUUACACCGCAAAUUUUAGCUAUGACACUGCCACCGCAGUCUGGUCUUAGCACAUGUAUUUUUUGGAUUGUUGGGGCUUUUUGGUGUGGAAUUAUUUUGGGAAAUCUUUGUGUAAUAAGAAGAAUCGUCUGUAGACCGAAACUAAAUAAGCAAGAUCAAUGUACCCAAUAUGAUUUUUCAAUUUUUUCAUUUUCUGAAAAUCGUAUUAAGACUGGGCCUUUUUCGGAUAUUCGAAUGCACACUUUUAACCCGCCGCAGGCUAAAUCAAAUUCAGGACUCCUUAGUGCUACCGACCCUAAAACGAGCACCUUAUAUGUUUAAUUACUUUGACAUUUAUUGUUCUGUGUUAACAAAAUUGAAAUAAAUGAUGAUUCGUGACGA